AUGAAUCGGGCUUUGCCUCUGGUUGGUGUAACCUUCUUCUUUGUGGCGUGCGCGCUCGCGGCCGCCACGGAAGGUCACCGGCGGCCGUACAUAGUACAGAUGGACGUGUCGGCGAUGCCGACGCCGUUCACGACGCACGAGGGCUGGUACACGUCGGUUCUAUCGUCGCUGGCGGGCAAGGAGGACGCGGCGCCAGAGCACCUGUACACGUACGCGCACGCCAUGAACGGCUUCAGCGCGGUGCUCACCGAGCGGCAGCUCGCGGAGAUUCAGGGGAUGGCGGCUCACGUGUCCGCCUUCCCGGAGACGUACGCGCGCCUCCACACAACGCGCACGCCGGAGUUCCUCGGGCUCGUCGGCAGUGGGGUCUCUGGCGGCGGCGGCAUCUGGCCGGCGUCCAAGUAUGGCGAGGACGUAAUCGUCGGGAUCGUCGACACGGGCGUGUGGCCCGAGAGCGAGAGCUUCAGCGACGCCGGCAUCACGAAGCCCGUGCCGGCGAGGUGGAAAGGCGCGUGCGAGACCGGAAAGGUCUUCAAGGCCUCGAUGUGUAACAAGAAGCUCAUCGGCGCACGGUCUUUCAGCAAGGCCCUGAAGCAGCGCGGCAUGUCCAUCGCGCCGGACGACUACGACUCUCCCAGGGACUACAACGGCCACGGAUCCCACACGUCGUCCACGGCGGCCGGCGCGGCCGUCAAGGGCGCGAGCUACUUCGGCUACGCAAACGGCACUGCCUCCGGCAUCGCGCCCAUGGCCAGGGUGGCCAUGUACAAGGCCGUGUUCUCCGGCGACACCCUGGAGUCCGCGUCCAGCGACGUGCUGGCCGCCAUGGACCGGGCGAUCGCCGACGGCGUCGACGUCAUGUCGCUCUCGCUGGCUUUCCCUGAGAAUUCUUACGACACCAAUGUGAUCGCCAUCGGGGCCUUCGCAGCCAUGCAGAAGGGUAUCUUUGUGACGUGCUCCGCCGGGAACGACGGCCCCGAAGGAUACACCAUCAUGAACGGCGCGCCCUGGAUCACGACCGUUGGCGCGUCGACCAUCGACAGGGACUUCACGGCCACGGUCACGCUCGACAACGGCAGCGGCGGCGCUAGGAGCAUCCAUGGCAAGUCGGUGUACCCGGGGAGCACGGCGAUCGCCGGCGCUGACCUAUACUACGGGGGAGGGCAGGGCGACAAGAACAAAGAGAGGUGCGAGUACUCCAGCCUCAACCAAGAGGAGGUGAAAGGGAAGUUCGUAUUCUGCGCCGCCAGCGAGAGCGUCAGGCAGCAGAUGGACGAGGUGCAGGCCAUCGGUGGCCGCGGGCUGAUCGUCGCGUGCGAUACGACGGAGUUCCUGCAGCCAACUGACUACACCAUGCCGCUGGUGCUGGUCACCCUGUCGGACGGCGCCACCAUCCAGAAGUACCUGACGGCGACAAAGGCACCGCCCAAGGUGAGCAUCCGGUUUGUCAGGACGGAGCUCGGCGUCAAGCCGGCGCCCUCCGUGGUGUAUUUCUCCGCCCGCGGGCCGAGCCAGAUGAGCCCGGCGAUCCUGAAACCCGACAUCGUCGCGCCGGGGGUGGACAUCCUCGCGGCCUGGGUGCCCAACGAGGAAGUAAUGGAGAUUGGCACGGAGAAGCUCUUCACAAAGUACAUGCUCGUCUCCGGCACGUCCAUGUCAUCGCCGCACAUCGCCGGUGUGGUCGCCCUGCUGCGGUCGGCGCACCCGGACUGGAGCCCCGCAGCCAUCCGCUCCGCCAUGAUGACGACGGCCUAUGUGAAGGACAACGCCAACAAUGUCAUCGUCAGCAUGCCGAAUGAAUCACCGGGGACGCCUCUCGAUUAUGGCAGCGGCCACGUGAACCCCAAUCAGGCCACGGACCCCGGCCUCGUGUACGACGCGGCGGCCGACGACUAUGUCAACUUCCUCUGCGGCCUCCGGUACAGCAGCCGCCAGAUAACGGCCGUAACCGGCCGGCGAAACGCCAGAUGCGCCGCUGGUGCAAGGCUUGACCUGAACUACCCAUCAUUCAUGGUCAUCCUCAACAACACCAAGUCUGUCACCCAGACAUUCAAUAGAGUCCUGACCAAUGUCGCCGGCAAUCCGGCAAAGUAUAGCAUGUCCGUGACGGCUCCGGCAGGUAUGAAGGUGACGGUGACGCCGCCGGCACUGUCUUUCGGAGGCAAAGGCAGCAAGCAGAAGUUCAGUGUCACCGUGCAGGUCAGACAGCUGAAGAGAGCUGCAGAUGAAUACAGCUACAUUGGGAAUCAUGGGUUCUUGAGCUGGAAUGAGGUUGGAGGACAGCACGCUGUCAGGAGUCCAAUAGUCUCAGCAUUUGCUCAGUGACGAGCAAGUAAUUUCAGUAUAGCAGGAGCAAAAAAUAAAACCAUGAUAAUAUGAAAACAAUAACUAUAUAUAAUCCUGAUCAGAAGAAGUAAAACACAGAUCAAAGGAAAGGGGAAAAUAACAACAGGGUGUUGCUGAUGAUGUGAAGUGUA